AUGUUAAAAAUUAUAAUUUACGGAUUUCUGCUUUUAAACGUAGUACACACAGUAUGGACAGAUACCGCUGGGGAAUGCAAUAUGGCAGGCUUCUACAUAGAGCUGGGCUGCACACCUGUACCGGCUGUAGAUAACGCAACAACCUGCCCCGAGUCUUUCAUUUGUCCAGACUUACAUCCUGAUCCAAAAUCUUGCUACUACAGAGGUAAAGCCUACCAAGACCGCACCACGAUACCUCAAAGGCUGAUCAACAAUCCAUGCUCGCAGGCCUGUAGUUGUAAUGUUGGUAACGAGCCGCGGUUCGAUUGCGCGGCCGUUGACUGCGUUGAAGUUUUCGAUACGGAUGUACAACAGCAAUGUAUUAGCACUUAUCAGCUAGACUCGUGUUGCAGUACCGGAAGUGUUUGUGGCAAAGAUGAUAUAGCGAAACUUAAAACCUGUGAGGUUGAUGGCCAAACGUAUCUAGAAGGCCAAGUCUUCGAGCCAAAGAACACAAGGAAAAGUUGUAUAUGCACACCGCAGUGGAACGGUUCCACUGAUAACCCAGACUACUGUAGAGAAAUCAACUGUGGUCUCGAGAUCCACUACCAAGACAGGAUAUUUGACAACUGCGCGCCAGUUUUCGCUGGCAACAUGAAGGGUUGUCCCAUCGCUUUUCAAUGUCCAUCAUUACAGUCCAAAGUGGUCCGAGGUUUAAAUCUUCGCAGCAUCAGCGAACAGUGUACGUUCGGCAACAUGACGUUAUCCGUCGGUGACGAAGUUACCGUUGACGAGAAGUGCACCACUUGCGCCUGUGACGUACCACCUUUUGUCUCUUGUUCUAGGAAAUCCAGCUGUUAA